AUGAAGGUCACUACUCCUGUGAGGAACAUACGAGACGGUCCAACCCAAUGGUUAGCAAGUUACAUAGACAUCGCGGAGGUCGCAGACGAUCAUGGUAAGAUGGACUUUGAGACUUUGAUAUGUGCUUUCAAGGAAACAUAUAGAGCAACGUUAGAUCCAUCCAUAGUAUUCGAGAAAUGGGUAUCAUUGAAACAAACGGGUUCGUUAGAUUCGUACAAUAGCGAAUUUCACAGAUUGUUGGCUGCCGUGAAUGAAUCAGGACGCAUACCACUUCGACACGUAGCGCAUGCUUAUACAAUGGGGCUGAAAGAAAAAACAAAAAUGGCUGUAAGAAGUAAAGAGCCAUCGACGCUGAUUGAAGCCAUAAAGUAUGCCGCUGUAGCCUCGGGUUAUGCAGGAGACCCUGUUCCAGAAAAAAGAACCUACGGACUCAGAGACGAGGAUGCUAUAAAAAUCGACGAAUUUAGAGCUAAGAAGAGUUACCAUCGGAAACAGAAUUCAAAGAAGAGAGACAGACAAUACUGUCUCUCACAUAAAUUGUGUUUUCGAUGCAAGAAACCCGGACACUCUAUCAAAGAAUGUCAGAGCACUCCGAGUUCUAAAAUAAAGAACUGCCCAUUGAAUAUCAUCGCGAGUUUUGCGAGGUAUUAUUCAUAUAAAGGAAACACCAAAACGCCAAAAACAUCAGAAAACAGAAAAGCCAAAAACAUUCGGAAAUUCCUAAGGAACCCAUCGUCCAGGAGACAACCGAAAGUCGGAAGACGUAAGGAAAUCUUGGUAGGUUUUACGGAUAAGACCAGAUCGCGUAUAUUGAUCGAUACGGGAUCACCAGCAUCUCUCGUACCGACUAGUUUUGCCAAAAACCUAGGUUUAAACUCAUAUUGUGCACCACCACUUCGUUUCAAGGGUGGGGUAUCGAAGAAAACGUCGUUUACUGAUCAAGCCGUGGCAGUAAAGCUCGAUUAUGAAGACAACCAAUAUGAGAUCGACGCUUAUGUCACUAAGGACAUAUCGCAAAAAGUCAUUAUAGACAAUCCAAUAUUAGAAGAACAACCGAAGUUGCAGUCACAGAACAAGCAAACGCAGAUGAAGUAGUCGAAUUAGACUUCAUCAGAACAGAACGGCUGGAAGGAAAGAAGUGAAGACCAAGAACUAUUUGUGGUUAGAAUAGAAGCUACGAAAGAAGGCAAAGUCAACGAUACAUUCCAACGUUUGCUAGGAUGGUUGAAAAUCAAGUACCAUGAUAUUGUGAGGAAUGAUUUACCACAGAAGAGAGAAAGAGAUAAUUUAGUUGAGCACGAAAUCGACAUUAAGCCAAACGAAAGGUUACCGCGUAUGCAACCAUACCGAUUGACACCAAAGAUGGAAGGUGUAGUACAAGAAUUGAUUGAAGAACUACUGAGAAAAGGUUUUAUCGCACCUUCAAGAGCGCCGUGUAGCUCACCGAUAGUAUUGGUCAAGAAAAAGGACGACACUUAUCGAAUGUGUGUCGAUUACCGAAGAUUAAAUGAAGUGACUGUAAAGGAUCCUUCUCCCUUACCACAUAUUGAAACAUUAUUGAGUAAAAUCGAUGAUGCACAAAUCUUCUCCACACUCGACAUACAUAGUGGGUACCAUCAAAUGAAACAGGAAGACCAACAAAAGACAGCUUUUGUUACACCAACGGGUAAGUAUGAAUACACCGUCAUGCCUUUCGGAUUAGUAAAUGCACCAAGUACAUUUGGAAGAUAUAUGGCUGACUUAUUCGAGACUUGAAAUUUUGUAUGUGUCUAUUUGGAUGACAUACUUGUAUUUUCCCGCUCGAAAGAAGAACAUAGAACCACAUAGAUGAAGUACUAGGAAGGCUUAAGAAAGAAUAACUUAUUGCUAAGUUAAAGAAAUCCCAGUUUUUACAGAAGAAGGUGGAAUUCCUUGGGUAUAAUUAUUGGACCAAAUACCAUUGAACCAAUUCAAGGCAAAUGCGAAGCUAUAUCGAAGUUUCCAUAACCUAAGACUGUUAAAGAAGCCCAAAGAUUUCUGGGGAUGAUAAACUAUUACAGAAAGUUUAUACCUGUUUAAAAACUAGCUCGACCUAUUGUUGAGUUUAUAAGAGAUAAAGAAUCGUGGACCGAACCACAGGAAGAAUUGUUCAAAGCAUUUAAGAAGCACCUAAUGGACAAGCCGUUGCUUGUGCCAUUCAAAGAAACGGCCAAUUACAGACUCACGACGGACGCGUCGAAGGAGGGGAUAGGAGCUGUCUUAGAGGAAGUGCAAGGCAAACGAAUGGUAGGAGUUGUAGGAUACUGUUCCAAGUCGCUGGAAGAGCACAACAGAACUACCCUGCAGGAAGAACUAGAAUUACUAGGUGUGAUCGCAGCACUCGAGCAUUUUAAAUAUGCUUUACAAGGAAGAAGGUUUCUGUUGAGAACAGACCAUUUAAGUCUACUCGCACUGAAGAAUAAGCGCGAACCAAGUAACCGACUUGCUACUUGGAUAGACAGGCUGGGAGAAUACCAAUUUGAUUUUGAGUAUUUACCAGGAGAUAAGAACGUGGUGGCCGAUGCCAUCUCGAGGGCCGAAUAUGCCAUAGAAUUGGAUGCCCUGGACUCCGUCCCGAGAAUAGAUCCACGGAGUUGGAUAGAGGACUGGAAGAGUGAUGUUUUGGGAGCUGCAGCUCUGCAAAAUCUGAACGUAAUAAGGAACACGAAUGUUCCGCCUGCCGAUCGCAGUGGUUAUACGAAAUUCAAGAAGACAUUCGCGUGGUCUCCGAAGUUUCGUGAGAAAUUUACGUAUAGGGAUGAGACCCUACGUUAUGAAGACCGUAUUGUUGUUACGAAGAACAAACAAAAGGAAGUCUUAGAAUCGUUCCAUGAUGACCCAUUACAUGGAGGACACUACGGUUCACACAUCACACACGCAAAGAUUGCUGAGAAGCUAUACUGGCCAAAUUUAGCUAAGACAGUCAACCGCUACGUGAGAACUUGUAUACAGUGUCAGUUGAUGAAAGCCCACCGACCACAACAUAAUGAAUUGACAAUGCCACUACCGAUUGCGGAAGGACGCUGGUUCAAUUUAUCGACGGACUUUAUCACCGGAUUACGACCUACUUUCAAUGGAUCCGACAUGAUCCUGGUGGUGGUAGAUCGAUUUUCGAAGCGAUGCCAUCUCAUCGCAUGUCGAAAAACAAUAGGGGGAGGACAAGUGGUUGAUCUGAUGUUUAAAUUCAUAUUCGCUUACCACGGAUUUCCCAGAACUAUAACAAGCGAUAGGGACAUCAGAUUUACGUCAAACCACUAUCAAGAGAUGACAAAAAGAUCGUGAAUAAAACAAACAAUGCCAUUAAGCAACCACCCACAGACAGACGGACAAACUGAACGUUGUAUCCAGGUACUGAACAGAUUGUUGCGAAGUUAUGCAACUAAUCAACACCAGGAAUGGGAUAGAUUGUCACCGCAAAUUGAAUUCGUGUACAACUCAACUUACAAUACAGCCAUACAAGGUAUACCGUUUGAGAUCGAUUUAGGGUAUAGACCUAACCCGCCAUUGUUGGAUACAAGCGGACAACUCGAAGCUAGAAGCUGGAGCACGCCAGAAUUAGUCGAAAAACUUAAGGCACUUGACAUUCAGACUAAAGAGAUACUUAAAGAAAACCAAGAUAGAAUGGAAGUAUCAACGAAUAGGAAGCGGAGGGAGUUAGAAUUGAAGAUAGGAGACUAUGUGUUGCUUCAUCGUGACGCAUACUUCAAGAAAGGACAGUAUAAGAAACUUCAACCGAUCUAUGUUGGUCCUUACCGCGUAGUCAAGAAGAUAAAUGACAAUGCGUUUGAACUAGAUCUACCCUCUACGACAAAAGCACAUCGUGUCAUAAAUAUCCAGUGGGUAAAGAAGUUUGAAUACAGAAGAGAUCAGUUUGUCAAAGAAAGGCCCAGAGGGUAAAUAGAGAAAAUGGAGAGGAUAGACGAAGUUGUGGCCAUUGUAGGAUACAAUGAACAAGAAAAAGUGUAUUACUGUCGGAUGAUGCACGUAGAUCCUAGAGUAACAGUAAGCUUUUCCGAAGAAGAACUGAAACACUUAGACGCCGCAAGGAGAACCUCAUUUAUUGCAAAUUUCGAGCAGUUACUCGAACGGGACUCUUCCGAAGAGGGAGGGGAAGAUGUCGUGAAUAACACAUGA